ACCCAACAAAUUCUGGUACAAUCCCAACAACCUACCUCACAACCCAUUUCUUCACAAUUUCGAUCACAACUUGCAGGAACAUCUGAAAAAAUUUAUAAAGAAAAUGUUAAUAGAUUAUUACUAUGGCUUUAUGGUAGUACUCCAAAAUUUGUCCCCAUACAGGCCCCUUCUUUACCUCCAAAACCACAAAUAAAAAAGAAUAUUAUACCAAAUACCGAUGACAUUGAUGAAAUUACAAAAGGUAUGGCAGACAUAUCAUUGAAUAUGGCAAAAAUGGCCAAAAACAUUAAUACUUCGUCUCUUCCAGUUGUAGGUUUGAAGAACUGUUGCUCUGCAAUAAAACCUCACUGUCAAUUCGUAAUUGAGAAUUAA